AUUCCGUCUCUGCCGUUGCAGGAUUUGUCCUGAUCGUGGUUCUGGUGUUCAGCAACCUGGCUGUGGUACAGGAGCUCUACAGGAUGCGGCGCCGCACUGCGGAUCUCAUGCCUUCAGGCAAGACAGAAGAACUGAAGAAGGAGCGCGAGUUCGCCAUCUUGAUGAUCGUGACGUCAAUGUUCUUUCUCAUCUGCCUCACACCAUAUUUGGUUCGCACAGUGAUGAACCAGCAGGGCAUGGACAUGGACAAGGAUAAGGACUUCGUGGCGAAGCGGCUGUACAUCGCUAACAGCAUGAUCAACCCGCACCUGUACUGGGCUUUCCGGGCCAGCUCACGGGCUAGGCUCUGGCGAUUCCUCAAGAAACACAUCUUCGGGAAGUCAGUACACAAUGUUAUCUUUCUUGCCUUCGUCUAUUUGUGUGUUUGUGUGAGAAAGAGGCGGUUGUACAUCGCUAACAGCAUGAUCAACCCGCACCUGUACUGGGCUUUCCGGGCCAGCUCACGAGCUAGGCUCUGGCGGUUCCUCAAGAAGCACAUCCUCGGAAAGAUACUGCCCGGCCAGCAGGAGGUGACACAAGUGUCUACCAUCCAGGGUACCGUCAGUACCGGCCUGCCUGCCUCCACGGGAGCACCGCCGCCUGUCGUCAGCAACGCUUAG